AUGGGUCUCUUGGAACAGCUCUCCCGCAAGUCCGGCGUCAUCGUCGGUGAUGACGUUCUCCGUCUCUUCCAGUACGCCCAGGAGAAGAAGUUUGCCGUCCCGGCCAUCAACGUUACCUCCUCCUCCACCGUGGUCUCCUCCCUCGAGGCUGCCCGCGACCAGAAGUGCCCCGUCAUCCUGCAGCUCUCCCAGGGUGGUGCCGCCUACUUCGCCGGUAAGGGCGUCGACAACAAGGACCAGGCUGCCUCCAUUGCCGGUGGUAUCGCCGCUGCCCACUACAUCCGCAGCAUUGCCCCCGCCUACGGCAUCCCCGUCAUCCUGCACACCGACCACUGCGCCAAGAAGCUGCUGCCCUGGUUGGACGGUCUGCUCGAUGCCGAUGAGGCCUACUUCAAGCUCCACGGCGAGCCCCUCUACUCCAGCCACAUGAUCGAUUUGUCCGAGGAGGACGUCGACUACAACAUCCAGACCACCGCCGCUUACCUCAAGCGUGCUGCCCCCAUGAAGCAGUGGCUCGAGAUGGAGAUCGGUAUCACCGGUGGUGAGGAAGAUGGUGUCAACAACGAGGAUGUCGACAACAACUCGCUGUACACCCAGCCCGAGGACAUCCUGGCCAUCCACAACGCCCUGGCCCCCAUCAGCCCCUACUUCUCGAUUGCCGCUGGAUUCGGCAACGUGCACGGUGUCUACAAGCCCGGCAACGUCCGCCUGCACCCGGAGCUGCUGCAGAAGCACCAGAAGUACGUGCAGGAGAAGCUGGGCGCCAAGAGCGACAAGCCCAUCUUCUUCGUCUUCCACGGCGGCUCGGGCUCCUCCAAGAACGAGUACAAGGAGGCCAUCGGCUACGGCGUCGUCAAGGUCAACGUCGACACCGACAUGCAGUACGCCUACAUGACCGGUGUCCGCGACUACGUCCUCAACAAGAAGGACUACCUCAUGACCACCGUCGGCAACCCCGACGGUGCCGACAAGCCCAACAAGAAGUACUUCGACCCCCGCGUGUGGGUGCGCGAGGGUGAGAAGACCAUGAGCAAGCGUGUGCAGGAGGCCCUGGAGGACUUCAACACUGCUGGCCAGCUGUAA